AUGUAUCAGCACAGUUACCACUCAAUAUUAAUAUGGCUUUUAUUUUAUCUCCACUCAACAGUUGUACUAGCACGAAUUGUUGAUCCAGAAUUUGGCACUUACCUGAACCCUAAUCCUCGCAAAUAUCCACAAUGUCAAGCCAAUGAUUUAGUCAAAUUGUCAUCAUGUUGUAACGAGUUGCUACACAAAUUGGAUCAAUGCAAAUCAGACGAUUUGGCAUGCGAAUGUUGUGCAUUACAACUGAUUGAUCGAGAUUGUUAUCACUUGUGUCCCGGUAAUCCACUGACUAACUUUUUGACAGUUUUACUUCAAGAUUGUGCUCAAUUAAGUGAGAUAAACGCUUGUGCAUUACCUUUUAAAAAGACAGAUGAGUUGUUUGUUGACAAGAAGAAAUCAACUCCAGACUCCAAAUCUGCUGUUCAAGCGCUAGAAGCUGACGAAAAGUAUGAUGCUAGUUUGAAAAGUAAAGUCCAUAACAAGGUUGAUGAAAUGAAAAGUCAUGUCAAACAAGAUCAAUUCCUCAAGAAGAAAAUUAAAUUACUUAUCGAUAAAGAUGAAACGUUUGCAAUUCAAAACCAUACAAAUACUUCUAACAACUCGAUUUCGGCAAAAUCAGAAAAUGGAUCGGCGUGCUUAACUUCAUCUUAUUUCAAUAGCCCGAUAAUUAUACUUUGUGCUAUUAUCACAGGAACUCUUUUCGCUAUGUAUUAG